AGGUACCAGAUGCAAUCCAAAGUGUGCAACGUGCUGGUGUUACUGUGCGUAUGGUUACUGGUGAUAACGUCGCCACGGCUCGCUCCAUUGCAAUAAAAUGCGGAAUUUUGAAUAACAACGAGGAAUUCUUAGUCUUGGAGGGAAAACAGUUUAAUAAGAAGAUACGUGAUAAAGACACAGGAAAGGUGAGCAAUGAUAGAGAGAAUAAUAUUAACAUUACAGUAGAUGGCAAAGUCGUGAUAGUGUUAUAAAUUAUAUAAGGUAUGUACCCAUAAGAUUCAUUACUAUCCCCAAAAUUAGUUCUGCUAUGGGUUAGGCUUUGGAUAAGAUUAGGAAUUAGCCUUUCGCACUCCGCCAUUUUUGGGAUACUGCCUUUUCCAAAUCUGAGAUUGUACGCAGUGAAUAAGGGGGUUGUAAACUAUAACUACUGUAUCGCAUGCAACCUGCUUCCAACUCGAGUUGUACUACAUAAAUGAACCACACAACUCGUCUACGUUGUCAUAAGUGAGUUGUGUGCUUGAUUUACACAGUAUGCAACUUUGAAUAAAUCGACCUUAAGCAAAUGAACUGGAUGUCUCUCCGUCUAAAGCAGUUUUCAUACGCCCCUGGUCUGUGGUCAUAUCUCAUUGGUCUAAGUUGAGGGGUUGAAAUUUUAAUAUCUUUUUAGUCGCCCAAGUGGUUGGCAGUGAAUAAGGUCUGGUCGUCAAAUAUAGUCAAUGUGUUAUGAAGUAUUCCAUCUGUAUAUAGAUUUAGUAUAAUUACAUAGGUGAUUAUUGAAAAUGCUCCACGCUGAUUGGUUGCCGUUGAGGUGAUUAUUACGCGAUAAUCACCUAAGCGAUUUUCAAAAUGGCGGCCGAAGCCUUUUUGCCAAUUAAAUGACAAAGAAAUGUGUAUUUUCUUAUUUUUUUCCAAAUAAUCACCUAUGAAAUUAUACUAAAACAAUUAUUCACCUCAGGCUCGGUGAUUAUCGUGAAUAAAAACCUCGACUUCGUCUCGGUUUUUAUUCACCGAUAAUCACCGAGCCUGAGGUGAAUAAUUGUUAAAUAACAUAAAAAAAUGUUGUUUAAUAUGCUGGAAAUUAUAUAACCAAAAGCAGAAUGAAAUACUUGAGAUACUGAUAUGUUUUAAACAUUUUUCAGUCGCCGCGACGGCUGCUUUUGGUAAAUGUCUGGUCGCUAGAUGAAAAAGUUGAUCGCAUUUGGCGUACGGCAUUUCAACCCCUGCCUAAGUUAUGUUCUCAUUUGAUAUCACAAACAUUCUGUGUGAUAAUUCACUAUCAGGCAUGCAAUAUGAUAUGCAAAAACAUAUAUGGUAUUACCGUAUUUCAUGUAAGGAUCACUUGCUAUAUGAUUGCUAGGUAAAUCAAGCUAAACUAGAUGAAAUCUGGCCCAAGCUGAGAGUCUUAGCUCGCUCAUCACCAGAAGAUAAAUAUAUAUUAGUGAAAGGAAUCAUUGACAGCAAGCUGAGCAAGAAUCGUGAGAUUGUUGCAGUCACUGGGGAUGGAACGAAUGAUGCUCCUGCGUUGAAAAUGGCUGAUGUGGGAUUUGCUAUGGUAAGAAGUGAUAGAUAUAAUGUGUAAUAAUUAAGAUACGUUUACAUGCUGCGAUUUGUCAUCUACGAUGCGUAUUCUGGGAUCGGUUGGAUGACCUUGGUCUUUGUAAAAUACAUGAAAAGCUGGAAAACUACGGAUAUGAACAGUAUAGUACGUUCAGUAUAAAAGACCUUUAACUUAUAAAUAUUGCACUUUAAUCUGAGCUAUAUACCAAUCAACGCCUGAUUUAACGAAGCUUGAAAAAUAGCGCCAUCCAGCCUUCGUACAACCAAUCCCUGGUGUAUGUAAUCGAAUACCGGUCAAACGCAAAGCGCAUGCCCGAGUAUGCGGAAAUGGCGGAGCAAAUAUCUGCCAAAAUAAUAGGAAUAAAUACGGGAAAAGAAAAACGUUUACUAUAAGGAAACAGCCCAAGCUAUAAGGUAGGGAAUUUCACCGCUUUUUCCUUGUGUCAAGACGAAGUUAACUGAGUUUAAACACUCAUAGUUUUCUUUCAACGUUUUGCUAGAGCUUCGUGAAGACAACACCAUUUCCAGUCUUUCAAACAGAAGCAGAAAAUACGCGCGGACGUUUGACUGCGGUGUUCACGUAAAGAGGUGGUAUUUCAAAUUUCGCUUUAAAGUAACUGAAGAGUGCAUGGCGUCAGUUGUCAGUAGUAACUUUCAUACGCCAGGAUACGAAGCGUACAUGACAAAUCACAGCAUAUGAACGUACCGUUACUCGUCUUAAAGCAGUGCAAUUGUUUUUGUAAUUCCACUGCAGUGAGACAAGAAGAAUGAACAUGGCGGGAAAUGCCUGCCGAUAUUGGGAAUGUGAACUUCCAAUUGAAACAUCUGCGUGAAUAAAAUAAUUUAAAUACAAUUAGCAUUUAAACUGAAAAGAUUGCUGACAAGCACUGAAAAAUACAUAAUUGGCAAAGCUGAAAUGACAGGAGUUGUAGGAUCUAAUUUUUUCAUACAGUGUUUGUAACUAAUAAGUAACAGCAUGGUUUCACGUAUAAUUUGGCGACGGGGUGGUCUGCUUUUGACUUGGAAAAAUAAUUUGUUUAUCUAUAUGACAUAGCCAAGAACAAUGUAUUGUGUGUCGAGGUUGGGAUUUAGGUGCUCAUUUUCAGUCAAUAAAGAGUAAGCCAACAAAAAAUACACGAGAAACAGUCAGUGGUAUGAUUUGUCAUUAUUGUCGCUCGUCUUCACUGAGUUUGUUAAAUACGAUCCACCUAAACCAUCAAUGAAUGAGCCAAAUAAAAUCGUGCGCCCGGCUUUAAGCAGGCAUUCUGUUUGGCUCAUUUCAUUAUAUUUCUGAAUAUUUCAGGGCAUUGCUGGAACAGAUGUAGCAAAAGAAGCGUCAGAUAUUAUUUUGACAGAUGAUAACUUCUCGAGUAUUGUGAAAGCUGUGAAGUGGGGACGUAAUGUUUAUGACAGUAUUUCAAAGUUCCUUCAAUUUCAACUCACAGUCAACUUGGUUGCUAUUUUUAUUGCUGUGAUUGGUGCCUUGGUACACUCGGUGAGUUUUCUCUCUGUUAUGGUAUGGUACUUCUUUUGUCUUGGCAUGAAACAUGAUUGGACUGAUAGGACAAGGGAAUGUUUGAGUCAGUUGGUAGUGUUUGUUAGGCAAUUCAGUGUGCUGAUUGUUUUAACUCGUGGUUUCAAGUUGCUGAAUGAAUAACCUUUAGAAAACUGUACUUUAGGUUAUAUAUUUCAUUUUAAAAGCCAAGUGCAACUUAAAUUUGAACCAUUUCAAAUAACAUGGCCAAUAACCAUUAAAGUACCAUUCAUUAUCACACCCUGCGCAUGUUUUAUGAGAAAAGCUACCAGCACAUGAAAUUGAUGAAUCAAAUGCAAACUGUGAACCUAUGUAGAGAGUACGCAUGAGUGUUCAAAUAUCUUCCCUGUCAAAAUUUAGUUGACUGUAGUAACCUGUUUGUUCACGCUGAUUGCAAGAUUUGUGGCAUAUUGUUUCUGGUAAUGUGUCUAAAGGCCACACUAUCGCGUAUCCUACUAUAAUGCCAGCGCAUGAAAAAUAUCACUCGUACGCUGGAAAACGCUGACAUACAGUACGCUAGGGGUAUGUUAGGCAUAGGUUGUAUACGUUUCAAGCAUGGUCGCAUACGCCGGCAUACGGCGAGGCAGAAACGUUUUUUAAAUUUUGUGCGCAUUCGGAUGUAUGCCGGUGUAUACGAUAUGGUUGAUACCCUAUGAACACACGCUGAAUACGCUAGGAGUUUAUUUAAAUGAAGACCUAAAUUGGAAUACUCACAUAAACUACAUAUUCAAAAAGGCUUGUAAAAGACUCUAUAUUCGUUGCGAAUUUUGCGAAGAGCUGGCGUUGCGUCAUUUCAUUGAGUAUCUUAAAGGUUUAUAUAACUAAGGUUGGCUAUCUUUAAAACAGGGAACGGGGAAUCCGGGAAUCGGGAAUGGCAGCGGGAAUAUCAAAAUGUUAAGUUGUCACGACAGAACAGCGUUUAUUUUAACGUGCAGUUCCACACAAAAUGUGCAGUUCUAAACCCAUUUGUGCAGUUCUUAAAACACAAAUGUGCAGUCAUCACACUAACAAAAAUAGCCUUAAUUAAAACAGUCUUCUCAUUUACUCGUUACCCUUGUGGAUGCUCCAGAAAAUUCCAGAAAUGCUGUUAUUAUUAAUUGAGCAUCAAAAAUAUAAACGUUUUCUGGGGGAGGACUCCAGACCCCCUAUUUUAUACCCACUUCCCAAACAACGCCCUCUUCGGUAGUGGCGACUUCUGAUACGCUCGCCCAGGGACGUAGCGACUGGAGGGGGGGGGGGGUAAAUCCCCCCAACUGUGAAACUCAGGUAAAAAUCAGGUAAAAUUUAUAGUUUAUAUCCUGCGUGAAGUUUACAUUAAAUGCCCGUUUAAAAGUAUUAAACUGGGUUUUUUUCACGACUUCGUGUCCUGCAAUUUUGGUGUGACAUCAAACUUUCGAUUAAGCUUCAUUUUCUUUUAUUGCAUAAAUUGUAAAUUGAAUAAAAUUUUUAUUUAAAUUUUUAUAAAAUUUUUAUCGGAUUCCCCGAUUCCCCGUUCCCUGUUUUAAAGAUAGCCAACUAAGGUUUAUAUAACUUGGAGUUAUCAAAAUAACAUCAACUUUAAUGCGUCAAAGUGCAAAGUUCUGUCCAGGACACGCAAGGUCAAUCCAUUGCAUUUUCAAUACCACAUGGAUUCUACCAAGUUACUUGAGUAUGGGGUGGAACAUUAUUCGCGUAGACCGCGCGAGACAACACGCAUGACAAAAACAUGGCCGACAAAAUAUAAAUAGUAUUGAUGAGUGAUGAAUAAUCAAAUUUUAAACGUAAAACCUGGGGCUUUUUCAAAAUUUUGAAGCAAAUUUUGAAAAAUAUUGUCAUUAAUAUUCCAAACGAUAUGUGAUUCGAAAGAAAAUCGACGAAUACUUGCGUUAAUCCGAAAAUAAAACAUCGUAUUCACGAAGGUAUGUGUCAAGGUUUUAAUUCUCAACUUGGAGGCUUUUAAUUUUCGGUAUAAUAUAUCAUUUAUAGACCCUCCGCUCGGGGGAUUCGGUGAAAUAUUACCCUCAGUGAUGAUAUUUCCCUCGGGGCAAAGCCCCUCGGGAAAUAUCAUCACUUCGGGUAAUAUUUCGCCGAAUCCCCCGAGCGGAGGGUCUAUAAAUGAUAAAAAUUAAUGUGCAUUAAGUAAAUAUGUUAUACAGGGUGCCCCAAAGGGGGACCAAAGCUGUUGAGAUGGCGUGUUGUUGGUGCUGAGGCGUUCGGAUUCUAGCAGUGCGUUGUUUCAGUGGUUUGGGGUUUUUUUGGGACACCCUGUACAGUAUACUGUGAAUUAAAAUGUCUAUGUUAGGAAGAGGAGGGGCGCCAUGCAAUGGACUUUACGUCCAGUUUGUACCUUGUCCGUUUGAGUACAGCUCUUUUAAUUGUAUGUUUAGAUGAAUAUUUGUUGAAUUAAUUUAUACUCAAUAAAGUUUAACAAACUAAAACUAUUAUUCGACCGGUCUUGGAGUAUGCUGUCCCUGUAUGACAAUCAAUACCAGGUAUUCUGUCUGAUAAACUUGAAACAAUACAGAAAAGAGCCCUGAAAAUAAUUUUCCCAUCUGCUGAAACAUACCUAGAAGCUCUACAGUUACUGGGAUUGACAAUCUAGCCGAUAGGAGAAUCAUCAUAUGUAAAAAAUACAUGAGUAAAAUGAAAAGAACAAAUCAUCCCCUACAUGCGUUAUUACCCAAAAGCACGGACAAAAACUGUAAUUAUGAGCUUAGAGACAAAACCGAAGAAGUUUUCAUGUAUCAAGAUUUUAAGUUCUGUAGAACUAAAAAGACAGAAAACUUUUUUACCUUCAAAUAUUAUUAACAUUUUAAUACACCUUUUUGAAGCCUGUUUUCACUAUUUUUAUUGCAAACAUAAAGUUAGAUUUUAUAUAGAUUAUUUGGAUAAAAUUGUACUAGUUUUUUUUACAUUAUAUCAUAUAAUUAUACUAUAAUAUUGUAAAUAUAUAAACUCUGUAAUUCAGUUUUUGUAACUGCGAAAGAGUUUCAAUAAACCAGAAUUAUUAUUAUUAUAGAGGUACGCCAGAUGUACGGUACUCGUACGCUGGCUAUUUCAAAGGAUUUUUGUGUGUAUGAAAAUUGUUUCAAUUUUCAUACGCUUCUCAUACGUUUCUCUCAUGCGCAAUAGUGUGACAGGGCCUUGAGCAAUUCAAGGCUCGGUGUCAUACCAGCUACAACAACACGUGAUUCUGAAACUUGUGAUAAGGUGGUUACCCGUUUUUGUUUUUUUUCUAGGAAAGUCCUCUAAGUGCAACACAACUAUUGUGGGUGAAUCUUAUUAUGGAUUCUUUCGCAUCCUUGGCAUUAGCCACAGAACCUCCGACUGAUGAUCUGCUUACUCGUAAACCGUAUGGCAGAACCAAACCUCUCAUAUCCCGUACCAUGGCGAAGAAUAUCUUACUACAUAGUCUCUAUCAAAUCAUAGUAUUGCUGGUGUUAAUGGAAGCUGGUCCUGAACUAUUUGAUAUUUCUUCUGGUUUUAAACAACAUGGUAAACCAUCAGUUCAUCUCACGAUCAUGUUUAAUACCUUUGUCUUUAUGCAACUGUUCAACGAGAUCAAUGCAAGAAAAGUACAUGGCCAACGAAAUGUAUUCUCAGGAAUAUUUGAUAACUAUAUCUUUGUUGUUAUCUGGAUUGGAACUGUUGUUGUUCAAGUAUGUACAUUUUUCAAUAGAGAACUAGAAAUAGAUUAAUGCAAGCCGCUUGCGCGACAAGAACUGUCCAACUUAAUAUAACCCAUUGAACCAUUUCUAACGAACCAUUAUAAGUAGCCUUGCAUGUGUUACUGACUACAAGCACGUGCCACCUUCAUUCUCAAUUUCUGCAGGUUGUGAAAUAACAUAUAAGCGUUCUUAUUUCAAUUGGUAUUUCAUGCAAAGCAAUUUUAUUCUUUCAGAUUAUCCUGGUUGAGUUAUCUGGUUACGCUUUUCGUUGUGAAGGUUUGAACGCUCAACAGUGGAUGUGGUGUCUAUUCCUUGGUUUUACGGAACUUCUUAUUGGUCAGGUUGUAGCAACAAUCCCGAAAGCAAUCUUUUCCAAAGAUCUUUGUAGAAUUGGUCGUGGAAGUAUACCGCAAACUAGUAAUGCUCGUUUAUUGUGGAUACGUAGUGUGACCAGACUCCGGCAUCAGGUCAGUCAGUUAUUAUAUUGAACAGUCUGUGUAGAUAAUGGGGAGCUAAAGGACGACGUCAACACGGACGUCAGAUUACCGAGGAGGGACUGGAUUAAAAACUGGGAUUGUAUCAGUUUGUGGUAAUCUUCAACACAUGACAAAACAUAAGAAGUUGAUGCAAAAUGCCGCAAAAAUUAGUUCUACCAAUUUUUGGGUAACGUCCGAAAACGUCGCUUGUUGAAAUUGUGCAAAUAGUAAGAAAGUUGCGGAGACAUACAACCACCUGAAAAAUAUUUGCAUAAGCAAGUCCUUCGUCAUUCAAUACAGGCUACUAACAUCCCGACAUCCUGACAGUCUAAAUAUUUGCGUAAGCAAGUCCUUCGUCUUUCAGUACAGGCUACUAACAUCCCGACAGUCUAAAUAUUUGCAUAAGCAAGUCCUUCGUCAUUCAAUACAGGCUACUAACAUCCCGACAUCCCGACAGUCUAAAUAUUUGCAUAAGCAAGUCCUUCGUCAUUCAAUACAGGCUACUAACAUCCCGGCCUUCGAAGUUCUCUUUUCAGGUAGUUGUAUUAAUCCGUAACUUUCUUAUAGAGUGCUAUCAUACAUACACACAAUAAAUCUCUGUACUGUUAUAUUGUACAAUUCUUGACUUAGGAGAAAUAGAUAACUUCCUACACUACAUUUCUGCACAAUUUCACGUUCAUAUAGUGUACAGUGAACCUUGCCAGUUUAAUACACUAAGCACAAUAUUGAUGAGAGAGGGGAGUGAUAUUUUUGUUAUUGCGGGGAAAGUCCAAUCCAGGUUUUACGUCGGGAUUUGCAUUUUUAACAGCAACAAAAUUUCAGCCCAAACUGAAAAAGAAAAGAACAAUUUCUAACAUAAGAACGUUGAAUGAAAUAUAUGAAAUGUUCACAGACUUGCACGUGGUUGAAUGUGGCGUCUUGGCAGGGUUUAAAAAUAGCUGCCGGAAUUUUCACAACACUACCCGUUGAUUUUACAUUAGAAACGGCGAGUUUUUUUCGAUAAUCCAUUGAUCUAUACGAUGAAUUUAUAGAUUUUUGGUUAAAAAAGAUUCUGUCUUGAGAUAACGGAUCGCAUUAAGCAUUUUUUUUUAUUUUUGCGAGCGAUGGACCAGGCGGAAGUCGCAAUCGUAUGUUGAUCAAAUGAAACAGACUUUGAUUUGAAAAAACUCGAUCUCUGUCCUUGAGGGUAUUUUCCGCAUAGUCGUGAUGAUUUGAAUGAUAUGAUGAAAUUCGGCAACUACCAAAAAUACAACAUGUAACACCAGGGAAUACGCCACGGGUUACCCCAAUUACGGCGACCUCUUAAUGGACCUUUCCCCUUAUAACUAAAAUUUCGAUCUAGACAAAAAUUUCAUCACAGCUUGAAAGAGCAUCACAAAAUUAGUACUAUUCCAAAGUUUUGUUGCAAAAUCUUGUAAAAUGCGGAUAAUAUAGCCUUGCGAAGUUCGCCGUUUUUCAGUCAUUUUGUAUUACAAACGGGAAAUUGACAUACGAUUCGGGUGUUGGGGCUGCAAUUUUCCGUUUGUAAUGCAAAAUGACUGAAAAUUGCAAACUUCGCAAGGCUGUAUUUUCCUCAUUUUAUAACAUUUCGCAACGAAACUUUGGAAUAUUACUAAUUUUGUGAUGCUGUUUCAAGCUGUGAUGAAAUAUUUGUCUAGACUUGCCUAGAUCAAAAUUUUGGUUAUAAGGGGAAAGGUCUAUUACAUAAUUACAUUAGCAUCAAUCUAGACAGUUUAACAAACUUGCAAAAUCACAUCAGACAACUAACAACAUCCUAAAACACCAUCCAGGGACCUGGCCCUUCUACAUUUAUAAUAACUCUUUAGUCUCAUAUUUGUUAUACUCCUGUUUGACGUAUCGCAACCUAAAAUGUCGCUGGUAUUUACAUGAAACUGAAAGUUAUCUAUAUUGGAAUGUCUCUUUUUAAAAUUUUAUUAGUUAGUAGAUGAUGUGCAAAUAGAUAUGCACAGUGUGGAUUAUAACUGUUGGCAAUUGGCUAUUUGCCGAACAAAAACACUAAAUGGCCGAUUAAUCAUAUUUUGCACCGACAUUUUGACCGAGCAAAUAAAAUAGACAGUUUUCACUUCAUUGAAAGGUAUAUUAUUUGACUAGUACAGUACUGUUCAUAAAGCAUAAAAGCGAGAGAAGGAACAUAAAAUAUUUUCUUGGCUUUGCUGUGACAAGCAACAAAAUCACAUCACAAGUUUAUGGUACUAGACAAUAUGCAGAAAAUUCCCGAAAACACAACGUGCAAUGGAUCGUUGGGACUGCAUGCCAGAAAUUAAGAAAUGUGAUUGAUGAUGCGAGAAGUGAUCAGCACGAGCUAUCAAAUUUACAGCAAUUGAUAGCUUGUCAAUUGAAUGUAAAUUUUGAAAAGCUGGCCAAUCAUUAUUAGCCAAUGUCCGAGCAACUGCACAGUUGAUCGGACAUUUGUCAGACCGAAGCGAAAUUGUUAUAAUCCACACUGGAUAUGCAUUAUAUAAUAUAAAUAGAUAUAAAUUAGUAAGUAACUGCUACUAAAUGUGUCAAUAGACAUUACCAUAUACCGUGAUCUAUCUUUUGUUCGUGUAGAUCCGUGUUGUCAACGCAUUCCGAAGCAGUGUGGAUAAUCAAAGUCAAAGAGCUCUGACGUCACCUGUAGUAUUUAAUUCUCUCUUGGCCCCAGUCCGUACCGUCAUGGUCCCGGCCAAUAACUCCAGGCUUGAUAGUGUUUCGGAGGACGAUGAAAGUGGUAAAACAGGAAAUAUGGAAACUGCGAAAACAGAAAAGAUGGAAACUGCUAUGUAACGGACUUAAAGAUUAACAAAUUUAUCAAGAAACUUUUAUGUUACACUGAUGUUUAUUUUUAAACAAAAUUUCUGCCAAACUACUUAUUUUAUCCUUCAGUAAUACACUAACUCGUCAGAAUCUAAACGUAGCAUGUAUUCUAUCAGGUUUGCUGCAUCUUUAACAUUUAUUUGAUGCUCAAUUGUUUAUCAAUUAAAAAAGUAUUUAACAUAGAUCCUAGCCAAAGACCGUCCUUGCGUCCCCAAAUUAUAUCAGCUACGUGAGCCCACAGUUAGCAUGUUAGGACCUUAACGAUUCUCGCGUCGCUUAAACUAACAGUGAUAACGUUUGAUGUACUCUGAAUAACUUCUGUUACAGUUGCCAUGGAAACUGGUUGUUGCACUAAAUUUUGAUUCUUAUGUUUUACGCAUGAACAUACAUUGAUCAGAGUGAAGUACGUAGAAAUUCUGCAUAGAACACAUUUAACAAAUAUCACUCUGCCACUGUUAUGAAGUUUUCUUGAUUUUGUGAACGACUAAGAAAUAAAAUGUUAUAUAUUUAGGUUUUCCUAAUUGGGAUUUAUUUUUCUGUCAUGUUGUGGGUAGGUUUAGAUUAUCAUUGAAAGUUAAAUUGUAUAUUUAGUAGAUAACUGACAUGAACUCAGUCGACACAUCCUCUUGAGCAUGUACUUGAAUUGAACUCGAAAUUGUUUUUGUUUCGAGUUUAAAAGCUCUUGAGCAUGUACUUGAAUUAAACUCGACAUUGUUUUUGUUUCGAGUUUAAAAGAAUAGCAACACUUUUCAACCAAACACAAUUCUGUAUUGCAAGAUUCUUAGUUGUUGUAAGAUUUUAGUGAUUAUUAUAAACUUAAUGUAAGAUGAUUUGGUAUUAAUAAAUUAUGUACACUGAGAUAUUUGCCUCCACUUCAGACAAUAAUAGCGAGCUUAAGCAUGUAGGACGGCAAUACGACGACGACGGCCAAAACAAAUUCUUUCAAAUAAAUGAUAGUAAAG